CUCCCAUAAGUAAGUAAAUAGUUAUAAUAGUAUGCAAAUUUAUAAUAUUUUUUAUUGUUCAACACAGGCCAUGUCAAUAGAGACUUUAAUUUAUGACAGUAGAAUAGAAAUAAUUUACUUUUGUACAGUACUUUGUAGGCGGACGUUUAACUGGCGUCAUUAUUGUAGGCGAUAAGAUAUUUAUAGUAGCUGAAGCUCUGCUAGGACGCUUUGAAUUCUGCACUGAGAUAGUGGUUUGCUUUUACCGAAGACACUAUAACAACUAAGCAUCAAAAACCUUUUAUGAUGCAAAGGUUAUAUAAGGUUAAAAUAGUGUCUUAACUUUAAAACAGAAGUAGUCUUGUCUUGCAUUUCCUUUCUUGGUCAUUUUCCCACCAGCUCAAGGUAUUGUAGGUUUGAUGUCAGUGUUUGCCCUCCCCCCUUCACUAUAGAUUACAGACUGCAACACAGUUGUUCAGACCGCUCGGCCAUCAUGGAUCAAUUGACACUGUAUUAUUUUCUGCUUCUGCCCCUGUCUUUGUGUUUUGACGAUGGAGGUACAGUGCAGGAGCUUUUCUUUACAUAUAAUUUAUGUUAAGUCAGUCAGUUUUUGCAGUUUGUUCGAAUAAUGAGUCGUCUGUUUCCUAAUUUGGGAUAUUUUUUUUUGCUAACUCAGACUAUAUUGUUUGCAGUGACUCUAGAGAAAACCAUUGGGAGGGAACCAGAUGCCACUCCAAUAUGCAUCAAUGCAAAUCUGAGUACCAUCAUACUUAUAGUGUGCAAGAUCAGACCAGAAAAGAGUGGAGUAGAGUGUCUUCUGCAGUAUGGACAUAGAUGGGACUUUGUGCACGAAUGUGACUCCAGAUUCACACUUAUGAUGGAGAAUCAGACUGUGUUUCUCCACCUGACCAGUUUAACACCAGUGGAUAGUGGGACCUACACUUGUGAGUGUGCACAUCGUGAUGGAACAGAUACUCUCCAUCUUAAUAUCACUGUGGAAGAGGAGGAAGUCACCAGCACGUCAAUUCUCAUUAUCUAUUUUUUUUGGAUCAUUGUAACUACAGUAACUAUAGUAACUAUCGUCAUAACUGGAGUUAUCUUCGGGUUCGUCUGCAGAAGAAUACGUCAAGGCUGCUCAAGGCCGAACGCAUCUGGAUCAUCUGUAUGUGAAACUCCCGGCUCUUUGGACAAAGAUGAUCCAGAUGACCCUGAUGACCCUGAUGACCCUGAUGACCCUUACACAAGCCUCCAGCAUCCAGCUAGUGAUCUCUACCAAACUAUCUCAAAUUCAGCCAGCAGCAGGCCUGUCGUGACGGCCUGCUUGAACAACCAGGAAAUAGAUGGAAGAGAGGCCGAUCCAAGUUGUGAAAUCUAUGAAAACAUUUAAACCAAAUAUCAAGAUAAUAUAACUAAUAUGUGGAUGUUCUCGACUUAUUGAGAUGGUAGGCUACUUUUGUGUCUUUGUUAUGCAAUUAAACAGAACAGGAUUGACAGCAAAACUUCCCAUACUCUAAUCAAAAGAUGUUUUAUUGCAAGUAAAAUAAAUCUGUGAAUAAAAAUGUAUUGAUGCUUUUGCUCUCAGACCUAUUCUAUUUGAUUGCAUAAUAAAGACGCAAAUGUAACUCCAUAGGCUACUGAGCGUAUUUAGCCCUCAUUUCAUUGAAAUAUCCAAAUUAAUACAUUUUUAUGUAAAGAUUUUAGCUUAAAGCAAAAGCUAAUAGUUAUACUUUUCUUGUCAGUUUGUUCAAGAUGGAUCAUUAUUACAUGUGUCAUCUGUCAGAUAGGUAUAUUCUGAUAAUAUUUAGCCUCAACACCCCCAUUUAUUUUAAAUUUUUGCUGGGUGUGGUUAGUUUGUUCAUAAAUGCUCUGUCAAGAAAUGCAAUGUUUUUCGAAAUAUAAAUCCUCUUGUAGGACUAUUUCAUUUCUUUUAACACACAUUUUUGUUUUGGCCUUUCUGAUUGUCACAAUAAUGUCAAGAUAACGUCCUUAAAACUAUACAAGAGAAGGGUUUGGGGUCUUUUUGGCCAUGAUUUGUACAAUAUUGAUUAUAAGUGAUUAAUUAUCAGAAUAUUCAGUCGUUACAACUGCAUAAUUGUAAUCAAAGAUUAAAUAUCCCAAAAGCUUGUGAUACUUACAGUCACAUAAACUAGUCUACAGUUUGUUUCUUCACGUGAACAGAGCUAAUUCACUUGCAUGAAGUGAGAUGUGUUUUUGUCACUUACAACAGUGCUGUAUGCUGACGUCACAGUGGUUUCCUUGUGAAAGAGGCGAGAGAGCUGCUGAGGCCCUGCUGCGAUUUUAUUUUUGAACACACAUAAUUAGUUUUGAGUUGAGGCCUUUCUGAUUGUCACAAUAAUGUCAAGAUAACGUCCUUAAAACUAUACAAGAGGACGGUCUUUUGGCCACAAUUUGUACAAUGUUUAUUAUAAAUGAGAAAUGCAGUCACUGCAACUGCAUAAUUGCAUAAUUUAAUUUGCAUGAAGCAAGAUACAAUAUGUUUUUGUCACUUAGAAUAGUGCUAUACCGUAUGCAGACGACGCAGUUGUUCCAGUGUGAACGAGGCGAGAGAGCUGCUGAGACCCUGCAGCUUUCUAUUCAUGGCUCAGGUCUCUAAAUAUGUGAUUGCCACUAAAGCAAACAUGUCAGUUUCAGCAUGUUGUGUGACGUACGACUAGUGCAAUACUUAAUUUUGGUUGCAGCUCAAACUGACCUCAUGCUUCAUGAUUUGACACCUUAUUGUGGACACGUAUAACACAGGCACAUGAGAAGUUUUUGAUGAUAUGAGUGUUAAUACGGAAGCAGAAGCUCCUGUAGCAGCACUUUGUAGUUCACACCAGCUCGUACUGUACCUCUAUGAGAGUUUCAGGUUUAGGUAGCCAGAGUGUGUCCUCCUACCUUCAGUACAGGAUAUACAGUACUGCCCACUGCCGGCAGCAGUUGCUUCUUGACCAAUAUGGCAAAAUGGAAACUGUGCUUUGUUCUGCUUCUGAUGCUGACUGUGUGUUUUGCAGACAAAGCGACUCUAGUGAAAACCAUUGGGAGGGAACCAGAUGCCACUCCAAUAUGCAGCAAUGCAAAUCUGAGUACCAUCCUGCUUAUAGUGUGUAAGAUCAGACAAGAAAGGAGCGGAGAAGAGUGUCUUCUGCAGUAUCGAUAUGGAGGGGACUUUGUGCACGAAUGUGACUCCAGAUUCAAACUUAUGAUGGAGAAUCAGACCGUGUUCCUCCACCUGACCAGUUUAACACCAGUGGAUAGUGGGACGUACACCUGUGAGUGUUCACAUCGUGAUGGAACAGAUACACUCCAUCUUAAUAUCACUGUGGAAGGUAAAUGUUUGGUUUAUUUUGUGUUUUCACGAGAAUUUGUAGAUGAAA